AUCGACAGCAUGGCGAAUAUGGCGGCGUUCGCUAACCCAAGUCGAGCAGUUUUCGUCCGCAAUAUUCAAUCUUUAGUCGAAAUAAUCCUCACAGAUCACGCUUACACAAAACCAUGGUCAGCACACCCAGAAGCAAGCAAGGCCAAGCCUAUGAAGACGCUUUUCCUGCCAAAAGAUGAUGAAAAAGCGCUUUGCAAGAAGGUUGAAGAUGAAGAGAUCGACGUUUGUGAAGUCGAACCUUCGAACAAUUCAACGAUAAUUUACGACACUACUAAAGCUAAAACUGUCAUGUGUGAAUGCGAAAAGCAUGUAACGACUGUCACCAGUAAAAGAACUCCAGAUACUUGGGAAGAACUCAUUUGUCGCACUGGAUGGGGACCCAAGCAGAAUUCUCUAUUUGAUAAAGUUAUCAAGGUGCUUUCAACUUUACGUCUUGCAAGGCUGGCAUUUGAACAGACUCCCAAUGAACCUGUAAAGAGAAGAAUAGCCACAGACAAGGCAACCAAAAGAUUCAGACAAAUCCUGUCUACAAUUGAAUGGGAUCCCAAACUGACUGCCUGGCUACAUACGACACUAGUUGAUGGCCUAAGUAUCCCUCUGCUAGCAUGUUACCUAGAUGUGCUACAAACACUUAGAGCUAAGGCACCUACUUUGGUAGAUAGGAUUGUUUCCAACCACACCUCCCAGAGACGAGGACCUGCAGCAAAUGCCGAAGCAUUAAGCCUGCUCUUAAAAAGACCUUGGGAUCCUUCGCAUGGCUUGGUUACUCAACAUAAAACGCGCAAGCUUCCAGGUUCCCCGUUACUACUGAUUGUCCCAAGUGGACCCACCACCAACACAGGAUCAGGAACGUCCUCCAAAAGAACCAGAUUCUGGCACAACCAGUUAUCAGUCCUGGGAAAAGUGGUACCAGUAACUAUGCAUACUAGUAACGGUGGUAGUGGAGUGACUAUUAGUCAGUGUCUUGAUCAUAUUAUUGGGGCUGUGAGAACUAAAGUGCUAGAGCUGAGGAGUCAUUUUCCUAAUCGUCCUAUCAUUCUGAUUGGUUGGUCCAUUGGUGCGUUAGUCUCUUGUCAG